AUGAGCAGCAGCCACCACCGCCGUAUGGACAAGUCCCAUACCUUUCUUCACAGUUUUCUCAAACACUUCAAAUUAGGUUCCACUACAGAACAAAAUAAUGAAGCUGAGAUACAAAAAAUGGCUUCACGAGAACAGAAGAUAUUUUCAUAUGAAACACUUGUUUCUGCCACCAAGAAUUUUAAUUCUAAGUUAGGUGAAGGAGGUUUUGGACCUGUCUACAAGGGGAAAUUGAGUGAUGGUAGAGAAAUUGCGGUGAAGAAAUUAUCACAGACUUCGAAUCAAGGGAAGAAGGAGUUCAUGAAUGAGGCAAAGUUGUUAGCUCGUGUGCAGCAUAGGAAUGUGGUGGAUUUGUUGGGUUAUUGUGUUCAUGGCACAGAGAAGCUACUUGUUUAUGAGUAUCUUCCUCAUGAGAGCCUUGACAAGUUUCUAUUCAAACCUGAUAAGAGAGAGCAGCUUGAUUGGAAUCGUAGGUUUGGAAUAAUCACUGGCGUGGCAAAGGGGUUACUCUAUCUACACGAAGAUGCGCACCAGUGCAUAAUCCAUCGCGAUAUCAAGGCCAGUAACGUAUUGCUUGCUGACAAAUGGACGCCCAAGAUUGCAGAUUUCGGUAUGGCGCGUCUCUUCCCUGAAGAUCAAAGCCAAGUCAAUACACGUGUGGCCGGAACAAAUGGAUAUAUGGCGCCAGAAUAUAUGAUGCACGGAAGACUUUCCGUUAAGGCCGACGUGUUUAGCUAUGGAGUUUUGGUAUUAGAGUUGAUCACUGGCCAAAGAAACUCUUCCUUUAACUUGGAUGUUGAGGAGCAUAACCUUUUCGAUUGGGCAUACAAGAUGUACAAGAAAGGGAAGUGCUUAGAAAUUGUAGAUACUACCUUAGUAUCUACGGCUAAAACAGAACAAGUAGCUAUGUGUAUUCAACUUGCUCUUCUAUGCAUCCAAGGAGAUCCGCAACUUCGACCAACAAUGAGACGCGUCGUGGUGAUGCUUUCGAGGAAAUCACCACAUGGCCACAUGGAAGAACCGACGAGACCAGGUAUACCAGGUAGUAGAUAUAGAAGACCUCCUAGAAACUCUGGUUUGUCUUCCACAAUUGGUAGUACCUCUGGCGGUGUUUCUUAUUCUCAGUCUUCGGAUUCGAGUAAGAAUGGUACCACUCUUUCUAGAACUGGCACUGGUACAAGUUCUGCUACUGCUGAGUUAGAUCCAAGAGGAAAACGUCCAAUGAAGGAUUAG